AUGAAUCAUGAUCACCCGCUCGCUGGCCAUCCAGGACGCGAGAAAACGUACAAUAUCCUCAGUCGCAAAUACUAUUGGCCAAAUAUGACGAAGACCGUGUCUCGCUACGUGAAGAAUUGCCGAAUCUGCCGACGAACGAAGUACAGCCGAUCACCGUAUCAAGGAAUCCUAGAACCUCUGAAUGUUCCUCAACGACCAUGGAAUGAUAUCUCAGUUGAUUUUAUCGUCAAACUCCCGGAAUCAGAUGGUUAUGACUCGAUUAUGGUGGUAGUUGACAGGCUGACGAAGAUGCGUCACUUUAUUCCUUGCACUGAAGAACUCGGCGCUGAGGACGCUGCCGAUCUAUUUUUGAAACAUAUAUGGAAAGUUCAUGGGCUUCCACGAACGAUUGUAUCUGACCGAGGGCCACAAUGGAGAAGCCGUUUCUGGAGAAGGUUAUGUCUACAAUUGAAGAUACGACCGAUUAUCUCAACAACAGAUCACGCACAAACCGAUGGACAAACCGAGCGAAUGAAUGAGAUAUUGGAAGCUUACUUACGCGCCUUUUGCACCUGGCAACAAGAUGACUGGUCCGCGUGGUUGCCUUUCGCUGAAUUCGCUCAGAAUAAUCAUCCUUCUGCAACUACGAGCUUGUCACCGUUCUUCGCUAAUUAUGGUUAUCACCCGCACGUCGAUCUUGAAACUAUUGGAACGUCCCCGGCCCACGUUGACGAAGAGAACGCAGAUGGCUUUGUUCACAGCCUUGCUCAGAUACACGAGUUCCUUAUCGAUCAUAUGUCUUACGCCCAAGCGAUUUAUGGAGAUAACGCAGACAGAAGACGGACACCGGCACCAGAUUGGGGGCCGGGUGAUGAGGUCUUUUUGAAAGCAGAACAUCUACACCGACGACGCCCGAGCCGUAAGCUAGAUAGCUUAUAUCGCGGUCCCUUCCCGAUCAAAGCACAACUCAGCGCUUCGGUAUAUGAACUCGAUUUACCAGCGUGGUACAAGAUACACCCAAUCUUCCAUGUCAGCAAGCUUUUGGACUACGACGGGCACCCAUUUCCGAACCAACAGGACGCCGAGGCCGCCGUCGAAGAGAACGACGAGACAGAAUACGAAGUCAAGGAAAUCUUGGAUAGUCAGGUUCGACAUGAUAAACUUGAAUACUUGGUUUGGUGGGAUGGUUACGAUAUUGAGAGAUCAAAUUGGGAACCAGCUGAGCACCUGGAGAACGCCCAGGAGAAGAUUGAUCAGUUCCACGAGCGCUAUCCUCUCAAGGAGAGGCCCGGGAGGCUAUAUCGCGUCGCAGGAGCUCGCUUAAUUGAAGGGGGGGGUAGUGUCACGGAUCCAACUCCGUUCCAGGCUAAUACCCCAAAGAAGGCGAAAGCGGUGAGGUUUCAAGACACCAAUGAAUCCCCGGAGGAUCUUUGUUCUAUGAGUUUCACGUCCUGGGAAUAG